AUGAUGACAGAUGGUAAUGGCAAUAGCGGGAGCCAGCUGUUGGAAGGGUCUCAGACGAUCAGUGUCGAGGAGCUUAGACCGGUGUUACAACUCCGGGCUGAAGAGAGUACAAACUCUAGGGAAGAACAGAGUCAGCCCACGAGACCAAGUGUUAGAUGGCAAUCAGAUGUUAUCGACAAUGAAAAUAUGAACAAAAAGAAGACUAAAAUAUGUUGUAUAUUUCACCCACAGCAAGAAUUUGACAUCGAUGAGGAAGAGUGUCAUUCCGAUCAUAGCGGUCAUUCCUCUUCCUCCUCUUCCUCUUCCUCCUCAUCUGAAUCUGAGUCAGAGAAAGACCUGAAUCUAACUGAGAGGAGGCAAAGAAGGGUUGCACGGCGUCAUCGCAGAUUAAAGGAAAAUAAGGGAAAGAGUCCAAACGCUUACGAGAUACAACCAGACUAUACUCAGGAUAGAGCUCGGCGUGAACAGCGUCAUUGA